UGGAGCCUGAGAGCCCCUCGUCUGGGCUGGUCCCAGAAUGUGCGGCUUGCCGGGAGUGCAGUCAGAUGCUGCCCCGGCUGGCCGCGGCGGGCCCGGCGCAGCACUCCGCCUGUGGCUCACUGCAUCUUCGCUCCGGCCCGACGCGGGGACUCAGGCUCGGCUGGCUCACUGUCCCGGCUGGCUCGGCCGGGGCAGCGCGGGGCGCCGAGGGUGGGGCGCGCGCAUGGUCGGCUCCGGGACGGUCGCUACCUCAUUUCUUCCCUCCGGGGGUGUCCGACUCCGCUCCCGAGGUCCCGGAGGUCUGCUGCCCGCCCUUGCGGCGCGCCUGUCCCGUGCUGCGAGCAGUAGCCGGCUCGCCAGCCUCACAUCCUUGCGGUCCGAGAGCCAGAUCUCGGGUAAAUAUAGGCCGGCGCGAACCAUUCGCUGCGCGGGGACAGGGGAGGAGCAGAGAAGAGGAUGCGUUUCGGGCUCGGACGGCCGGUAUCGCCAAGACCCGGGGUUACCCCUCGGGAAAAGCAACUUGAAUUCUGACACUCCACCCUCGGGCUGAAUUGCAACUCGCUAAAUAAAUGUACGUCUACGUCGAAACUUCUGGGGGAAGUGGUAGAACGUGGGAUUUAGACUAAUUUACUAUGUAAAAAGGUUGGGGAAAUAGUGGUUCUUUCCAUGUGUGACAGCUCUCUGAGAAUGACUGGGUGCUGUUUAAUAUUAUUUUUUUUCACAAUUUUUUUUUUCAUUAAAAGUAAUAGAAGUAAGGAAAACAGCGAGAUUUAUCUUUUAGGAUCUUGGAGCCCUUUCUCCACAGACAAGCAGAUAGUGAGAAGCGAGAUGAACAUAAUGGGGUGACUGGAGUGAACAAUAUGGUAUAUAGCCCAUAAAUAAAGCGCUUCCUACGCCUAAUCCCUAGCAGUAACCCCUCCUGCUCUCAGGCCUCAGAGAAGAGCAGUUUUCUGAGACCCAUACAAUUUCUAAGUAAUGCUUAUGUGUGAUUAGAACUCAUUUUAUUUUGGCAGGUCAGUCGUUCAGUUUUAUUACAUCACUGACACAUUUUGGGUAAGAAUUCCUAGUAAAAAUCCAAGUGACCUUUUUUUAU